AUACUACAACGCAAAAAUAAAAAAGAAUGAACUCAUUUUAAAGAGAGUUGCAUAGGCGCUCAGAUACAAAUUCAAAUUAGGACCACCGUGUCACCGCCACGACAACCGCCACCGAUUCCCUUCUGAAAUGGCGAACGUUGAUGAACUCUUAUCUUCCUUAAUUUCAGAUAUAAACACCUACACCGGCAAAGACCCUCUUCUUCCUUGGCUCCGAGGGAUCCGAAAAAUGAAGGACAGUCUUCCCUCAAAACCCCUCAAGGAAAAACUACCCGAGUUCUUGCAGAAAUGCGCCCAAACAUUCGAGCUCGAUCGACGCUACAAAAACGACAUGCGUUAUCUUCGUGUUUGGCUCCACUUGAUGGAUUUUGUGGAUGAUCCGAUAACACUAUUGAGAACCAUGGAGGUUAAUCAAAUUGGAACAAAACGUUGUCAAUUCUAUCAAGCAUAUGCUCUUUACUACGAGAAGAGUAAGAAGUAUGAGGAGGCAGAGAAAAUGUACCAUAUGGGAGUGAAGAAUCUUGCGGAUCCUGUGGAUGAAUUGCAGAAAUCUUAUGAACAAUUUCUUCAACGCAUGAAGCGCAAGAACAAGAAGAAAAUUCAGCAUCAGGAAAUGAGAGCUGCCAGGAGGCCCCUGUCUACAAAUAGUAUCGCAAGUUCUGUAAAUAAAGAUUUAGCUGAUGAUAGACGCGUAAAGGCUAAAACUGAUGAGAACAGGAGAUUUCGUGGUGAUGAUACAGUUGUUGUAGUCAAGUUUGUUGACACUGCCAUGGAUGGAAAGUCUGAAGCAGAAGAUGCAUGCCAUCAUGGACUGGUGGAUCCUACAAUAAAUAUGAAGGAGGCCAUGAAUGCCAUUAACAGCAUGUUCAGUGAGCCAUUAGAGACUGUUGCUAUGGCCAGGAAAUCACAUAAAAACAAUUCAAAAGAAAAUCGCGGUACAAAUAACAACUUCGAAGUUUUUGUUGAUGAAAACUUGGACAAUGGAAUCAAACCAAGUGAUUCCUUAUCACUUCAGCACAUAACUGAGGCUAGCAAACCUCACCAAGAAUCACUCCAGAUAUAUAUUGAUGAUGAAGGACAUUCUGAAGGUUCUACUUCAUCAGCUUCAAAAGUAAAUGGCUUUGUUUUCCCCCGACCAAAAGAUGUUCCUUCUAAAAAAUCUAGUGUUACGGAUGCAUCAAGCUCUCGUAAUUCGAAGUUCAGAGAGGAUACAGUUGUUUGCAGAUUUGUUGGUUCUGCCAUUUCGGAUGAACCAGAGGUGGAAAAUGUUUGUCACCAUGGUUUAGUUGAUCCCACAAUCAACAUGAAGGAAGCCAUGAAUGACAUAAAUAACAUGUUUGGUAAGCCAAUGGAUUUCAUUAGAAAAAACAGAUCAUUGAAGCAGGAGAAAGCACCAUCAAACAAUAGUGGAAAGGAAUUCGGCGGGUUUACUAUCCUUGCUGAUGAUGCUGAUGACCUUGAACAGAAACAAGAUCCUCCACUAUCAAAAUCGCUAGGAAAGUCCAAGGAAUCUGAUUUAUUUGAGCCAACUCUCCACACAAAGGAAGCCAUGGAUGACAUUAACAAGAUGUUUAAUAUGCCUUUGGAUUUUUAGGAACAAGGUGGUUUUGUGGAUGAAUAUCCACACGUUUCCUCCUUUGACACUAGUCGUAAGUUUGUACUAAUUCACCCCCUCUUCAGGUGGAUUCAUUUUUCACAAGCUUCGAACCUGAGACUCACUUGAAAAUACAAUGUACACAUUUGUGCACUGCAUACCUAGUGUGUAGUGCCAUUAAGCCAACCCACUAGGGUAGGAACAAUGUGUUUGCUGAGUGCCAAUUCUUAUUUGUAAGCAGAAUUGUGUUGAUUUUGUGUGGCAUAAUUAAAUGAGAGGUUUCAUUACUCCUUUUCUUGAAAAAAAA